GAAGGCAGACUGUUUACAUCACGUGACUGAAUGGUGGAUACGACAAAUUUUAACAAAAUGGAUUCAACACUCACAAAAGUAGAUGAAAGAUUCAGGCGGACUAUGACGUCUGUUACUGAUUUGUUGUUUCCAGUCAGUAAAACGAAAGAUCAACAGAAGCAACAGAUAAUUCGUAAAAGUCAUGAGUAUGUCACAAACCUUCCUCUUCAAAUGGCUCUGUAUUUCAACUGUUUCUUCUUUCCAUUGUGGCUCAUUGGAAGUUUAGUCAUUUUAGAGCUUAAGUGGGAGUAUUUGGAUGACUUGUACCGGAUUGUGCUGGCUGCGGUCUAUAUUGUGUAUUUCAUCAUCGAAAUUGUACGGCUUUAUCUUGGCUAUUUAGGAAAUCUAAUGGAAAGGGUUCCUGAACUGGCUGGUAGCUGGCUCCUCACCCUGCUGUUGAGCACUCCCCUCAUCCUACUCCUCAACAUCAACGACAGCGCCAUUCUGCUUCCCAUGGAGAGGGCGUUACAUCUCAUCAUGGGUAUUUUUGUCCUCUUUGAGGUCGUCAUCGGGUAUUUUGCCAUUCGGGCAAUGGUGAAUUAUCAGGUAACCAAGUAUCACUUGCAGCAGUUCUCAGAUUUGGAAAACAUGGAUGACAGUGGCGAUUAUUUCCCAGAGUCUCGUUAUACAAGCUAACAUCACCACCCAUAUAUCCUCAUCAGUCUUUUUCCUUAGAAAUUGCUUGGUUCUGCUUUUCUUCGGUAGGCCUACUUAUAAAUCACCUUAGUGACCUACCGUUGUGUCUUGCAGUUUGGUCUGUAUUGUACCUCCAAAUUAUGCUUUCUGAGAAAAAAUUUACCCACCUCUAAGAUUGAGAUUGUAAUAAUUUUACUCUAAAGUGCAUACAUGAUACACCAAGUGAAUGAAAAGAAUGGGUUCUUUUCUAUCAAGUGAAUGUUUGGAAAACGUGAGCAAGAUUCAGGAAGUCCAACGGGUUUCUUUGAAAGCAUUCUGCAGAGUGAACAUUCUCAUCACGGAUCUUGGAGGUAGUGCUGCUGGUAGUGGAGACAAGUAUACUGAUUUAGUUAUGCUCUCUAACCUAACCUCCCAUGAUAAAAUGCGUUGCCUGACACCCUUGGCAUAGAAAUGUUUGUCUAAUUAGGCCUAUAUUAUAUAGUCGACUAGAGAAGAAGAGGUGCUGAGACCCAAGGAAAAGAUCAACUUAACCGAUAAUCAACUCAAGUGAGCUCAACACAAGUGGAGUCGACUGUCAUAGUAUUGUGCAACAUUGAGGUCAUGCAGUUACAUGUAAGUUCAGAACAUGCCCUUUCUGUUGCUCCACAGCUAGCUGCAAAUAAAAGAUCUGAGUUGUGCCUUUGUGUGUAUGCAUGUUUGAGUAAUUGCAGAUAUAUGUGCUAAGUUCUGAUUGGAUGAUUGGCUGGGAAAAAGAACAUGUAAAAGUAGAGAGAAUGAAAAAGAGACAAUUAUUAAGUGAACAUAUAUUGUUGUACCUGCGGAGGUAAUAGUUAUGAUGACAUGUAAAUAUCUCAUAUGUAUAUAAUAUAUAUUUAUGAAUAAAUUUAGUAUAUAUUUAUGCAAAGAA